GUUUUAAUGAUUUAUGAAAUAGACACAUUCUUUACGCAGAUCCUAGCCCGUCACAGGAGAUGUGAUAAUUGAGCAGAAAUGAGUCGAAGCACAGUCCUGGGCUGGUGUACCCAGUCUUGCCGUCUUCUUCAAAAGCAUGAUCAUUCUUUUAGUUUUCCUACAUUCAAUGGCUCGCCGCCACUGAAAAAAAGACGUUUCUGCGACUCUGCUGCUCCGGCAGCCCCACGGCCCUCUAUCCACCGACCUAAUGACUAUAUUCCACACUCGAAGUCUGGCGGGGAGGCUCCCCAAGAUCUAGGUCAUAAAGCGAGAGAGAAGGAGGCUGAGAAGGAAUUUUACCUGACCCUCCUUUGUUCUGCAUCUACGAAAAGAGAAGCGAAAUCGUAUCUUUCACGAUUCAAAGCUCAGAAGACCACAGCUAAUGAUGGUUGCCAACACAUUCCCCCCCGGCGAGGUGAUCUUAUAUCAGAUCUGGAGUCGAUGAAGGAUAAACCUGGAGUUAACCUGGGGAGCAUGUUUUCAGAAACAAGGACUGUGGCUGAGACCCCUGCGCCCAAACAGGAGUGGUCAUCGGCUCAAAGUACAGAACUAUUUCGAGAAAAGAUUCACGUCGCUUUAGUCAAGCUUCGAAAGCCGCAAUUGCUGGACGAUCAGACGCUUCAUGGGGUUGCCAAGACGUUGGUACAGCUGAGCAGACUUGGAAUGAGCUGCUGCAUUGUCAUCGAUGUUGGAACUGACAAGGAUGAAACCCAUAGGCGGAUAAUCGCGAGGGAGCAGGCGGAUCGUUUGUCCGCUGUCAUUGAUGCGAAUCAUGGCCCAGACUCGCGUCAACUAGAUUCAAUCAUUACGGUCCCAUCGGCGACGGACAUGAAACUCUCUGUCUUGUCACGCGGCCCACUGCUCUCCCCGCUACAGCAAGGACAUGUUGUCGUAGUUGCCCCAGUUGGAUAUACCAAUGAUACACAACGAGCGGUGCUUCUCCCGGCGAAUGAAGUAGUUUUUGCCUUGUCCAAGGAAUUGGCAGGUUUAGAAUUGCGCUCUGGCCCGGAUGAGGAUGCUACAACAACAGCAAACAAAGUUAACGACAUGCAAAAGCAGGUGUCACUAGACAGGAUUAUCAUUUUAGACCCUGCCGGUGGCAUUCCCUCGUUACAACGGCGCUCGCAUGUCUUUAUUAAUCUAGAGCAAGAAUUUGAGGACAUUGCGAGAGAGCUGAGCUUGGGAUCUCAAACUGGAUUUCUUAGCAUAAAUGACAGCGACACUGCUGGCCAUAAAAUGCCGGUUUCAUCUCUUGGGAAGAGCAAUCCUAUUUCGAUAUUCGUUGAGGAAGAGCUUGUAUCUCUUCCGACAACACUUGGAGAAUCCCAAGAAAUGCCUAACAACGGAAAGAGAUUCGCGGAACACCUGGAGAAUUUGAAUCUUUUACAGCGCACACUCUCGUAUCUACCUCCGUCUUCAUCUGGUAUCAUCGUGACACCUCAUGAGGUAGCUCUGUCCGCUAAAGGACCUCUAAAUACCUCAGCAGUAUCCGCAGUUAGGACCCGACGACAACGGAAUCCCCUGAUCCACAAUUUGCUAACAGAUAAACCGUUUCGGUCGGCUUCUUUGCCCCUUGGCAGACUGGGGGUGAAGAGUGACCGCAUGUCGGCAGGAGAAUCUCCGGCCACUCAUUCAACCUUUGUCAAACGAGGGAUGCCUUUGACUAUGCUCCCAGAUCCUCGGGUCGAAGUAUGGGCUGCAAAGAAGCGUGGAGAGCCAGCAUUGACGUUGGAUGACCCUCGAAUUGACCUCCCGCGGUUGAUCCAUCUGAUUGAAGAUUCCUUUGGCCGUAAACUGGAUGUCCGCCAUUACCUUGACCGGAUCAACCCACGUCUUGCUGGGUUAAUCAUCGCUGGCGAAUAUGAAGGUGGUGCGGUUUUAACCUGGGAGACGCCUCCCGGUUUGUCUGACGACGGGUCGGAAGAAUUUAGAGCUCGAAUGGUCCCAUAUCUGGACAAGUUCGCCGUUCUUAAGCGAAGUCAGGGGGCCGGCGGGGUAGCAGAUAUUGUUUUCAAUGCCAUGGUUCGAACAUGCUUCCCUCAGGGAGUAUGCUGGCGGAGUCGCGCGAAUAACCCUGUCAAUAAGUGGUAUUUCGAGCGCUCAAGAGGGACAUGGAAGCUUCCUGGUACGAACUGGACAAUGUUUUGGACAACCGCAGGUGUUCCAGAGAAUCAAUCGCGUUUCUGGGAUUAUGAGGGAGUGUGUCGAGCCAUUGAACCUAGCUGGGCCGAUAAAACUCAACAAGCUGAUUAAUUAGAGUAGUGACCUGUAUAUAAUUCAUGUGGCUAUAAUUCAUAAU